UUGACUCCUUCCCAACAGCCUUUGGUAUCUCUUGGGGCCUUGUGAAGCUUAUUCAAGCUUACUGGCUUCUAGAUCAUAAUGAUUAUGAAAAUUCCCUGGCCCUGCUCUUUCAUCCAGCUACGAUCAAAACUGUGCCCUGGCAACAUAGGAGGAUUAUUCAAGCCCUCAUGAGCCAAGGAGAGCACAGACAAGCCCUCAGAUACUUACAGAUGAUGAAGCCAUUGAUGUCAAGCAGUAGUGAAGUUCGGCUUUUCCUCACUGUGUUGUUGUCCAAUAGGUGCAUGGUGGAGGCCUGGGGUCUGCUGCACCAACACAUGACUAAGUUAUAUACAGAAGAGCUGUUAGAGCACAUGUAUGAGCUCUGCCAGGAGAUGGGACUGAUGGAAGACUUGCUGAAGCUGCCUUUCACAGACUCUGAACAAGAGUGUCUGGAGAAGUUUCUGCAGACCGGUGCUGGUGCUCAGAAUCAUGAAUUUCUUCUAGUCCACCAUCUGCAGCGUUCCAAUUAUAUUCCAGCACUGCAGUUGAAUCAGUCAAUGAAGGUUAAUCUCAUGGGUGAUCGUGAUCCUCGCUUGAAAGAGAGAGCAGUUGCCAGAAACUCUAUAUUAGAGCAGUAUGGCAAGAUCCUUCCUAGCGUUCAAAGGAAGCUGGCUCUAGAGAGAGACAAGUCUCACCAUCUGCCUUCAUUAGUCUUAAGAGAAGCUGCAAGACCAAAGCCGUUAUCAACAGUAGCAAGACAAGCUAAUGCAGGACAUGUGCAUACAAGAGCAACUUUCAUCAGUAGCGUAUUGUCCAAAAUUGAAGAAGUGUGGGUAGGAAAUGAGCAGAAAACCAGUUUCUUACAAUAUGAUAGCCCUAGAGCUACAGAACCACCAGCACCUCCUCUCCCUGCUGCAGAGCGGCCCAAUGCAUUUGUUGGGAAAACUGUUACAAAAUUCUCACAGAAAUUUCCCAGAUUACUGGAUUUGGUGGUUCGUCCUGUUCCUUCAUGUUCUGCAGAGCAGGGUGGUGGCUGGCAGUCCCCACACAGAGAUUCUACUUCAUUUGUGGCGUCCAGCCCAGUGAAUUCAAAUUUGCGUGGUUCCGCCUUACAGAAGAAGUUUUUAAGAGCAUCAGAGCUGAAUUUGCUGGAGACUCCACUGGUGGUUAAGGUUUGUGUUCUAAAAUACCAGUAACAGCCAACCAAGACAAAAGCCUGUAAACUGUGUUCAAAAUGAACCCCCCAAAGUACUAACGCAAACACUGUUGGAUUCAAAUUGUGGAAUCUUUUCAGCAUGCUUGCGAUUAA